AUGGAUGGUUUUGUUUCUAGAAGUCCAGGCAGAGAAUAUCCAGGCAUAUCCCCACAUGGAUUUGGAGGGCAUCCUGGUGAUGAGAUAGAUGGCAGGGAACGCCGAUUCAAUGAUAGGUUUCCAGGCUUGCCUGGCCACUUACAUAGGGGUGGAUUUGAGAGUUCUGAUUGUAUGGAGGAGCAUUUGAGGAGUCGUGAUAUGAUUAAUCAAGAUACUCGGCCAGCGUACUUUAGAAGGGGUGAACAUGUGGGUCAUCCUAACAUGCCUGGUCAUUUGCGGUUGGGAGAACCCAUCGGCUUUGGUGAUUUUUCUAGCCAUGAACGAAUAGGAGAAUUUGGUGGGCCUGGAAACUUCCGUCAUCCACGACUUGGUGAGCCAGGGUUUAGAAGCAGCUUUUCACUUCAAGAAUUCCCUAAUGAUGGUGGAAUCUAUACAGGUGGUAUGGCUUCAUUUGAUAAUUUGAGAAAGAGAAAACCAAUGAGCAUGGGUUGGUGCCGCAUUUGUAAACUAGACUGUGAAACAGUUGAAGGCUUGGACCUGCACUCACAAACAAGGGAGCACCAGAAGAUGGCUAUGGAUUUGGUUGUGACCAUCAAACAAAAUGCAAAGAAACAAAAACUAACCUCCAGUGAUCACUCCAUACGCAAUGAUACAAGCAAGUCAAAGAAUGUAAAAUUUGAAGGCCGUGUGAAUAAGCAUUGAGUCUUGAUGUUUGCUGUCCAUAGAUUGUGGUUGUUCCCUUGCUCACUUGGGAUUGAAUUUGUUGGUGUGGUAUUUGGCACUUAGUGAUGUAGGUCACUCACCCUUUGAUGCCUCUUUUUCACUUCUGGGUGGUUUAUGCUGGUCCUGUCGUUUCAGGUUGCUGCCAUGUAAAUGGAGAUGGUUUUUGGAACUGAAGUUCAGUGGCAAUUUUUUCAAUUCGACCUCUCUUUUUUCGGCGAAGCAGACAACAUAAUGGCUGAAAGUUCAGUGGGAAGGUUUUGUCACCAAUCUUUUUUAGAUGUGGUAAGAUUGUGUUCAGCGUACAGAUUUUGUCAGCGGUAAACUUUUCUUUGUAAUAUUCCUUUUUUUUCCCUUUCAAAUUGGUUAACUGCUGGGUAUUAUAUAUGUUGCUUUAUUGUCAUACUGGUUUUGCUUUUUAGAGUUUCUUUUACAUUAAUCUUUUACAUUUUUUAUGUCCAGCAUUCAGUUGUGGGAAAUUUGUGGUAGUCUGUAAUUUUAGAAUUUAGAGGCUGAUAAAAUUUUAGUUAGAGUGUAAGUUAUUUCAUAAAGUGUAUAGUUAUUUUUAUUUUUUAGUAAGUGUAUCAAUUGACAGUUUUGGAAAUACGUCCUUUUGUUGGAUUGAGUGAGGUCAUUGAGUACCCUUUCAUUUUAGUUUAACAGUGCUUUGUGCCUUUGGGAGAGGGAUUUAAAGGUUAAGCCAAGAGUCCAUGUAGACUUGCAUGUUAGGAUAUACUUGUUUUGGCCAAGGGUUGUCCUGGGGCUUGGUCUAUGCUAGGACAGACAAGAAAAGGCCUGCUUAACAUGACUCCUGUUUGGGAUGGUAUGUUUUGCGAGGAUCCAUCUUUCCAUACUAGAUGAUGUUGAACCUAAAUGACAUUUCCUUAGAAAGGGAAUGUGUUAGUCAUGUUAUUUUAACCUUUAUUUCUAGGUUCUUUAGUGUUUCAAUUUUAGGAUCUGAUAAAUUAUGCGUUACAUUUGCCAAUAUUGGUGGUUCACCUUCCUUUCUGUCCUGAUAGAGUGUGUGUGUGCGGAUAAGUCUGUUUUGAUUUAAGACUCAUGCAGCUAUAUUUGCUGUAUGAUUCUAGAGGCGUUAAUGUUAUAUCGUCAUUGACCGUUAUUGACUAUAUUUCAUGUGUGCAAAAUCUUUAGUUUCUAUGUUCAGUUGCUCAAUCAUAUCUGACAUACUCAGUAAAUAGUCAAUCACAAUUGGGCUAACAAUAAAUUUAUCUUCCAACAUUUUAAAUGACUACCAUUCAUUUGUUAUCUUCAUGAAAUUAGACAUGAUAAAGUAUUAAGUGGAAAGUAAUUAACAAUAACAUAAAUCUGAGACAUACAAAUAAACUAUUAAGUAGAAGAUGACCAUUGCUGAAUUAUUUUCCUAAGGCGAUAUUUUAUGGGCAUCAACUUUCAAGUUUAUGUAAGCUCAAAUUGCUAUGAUUCAAGAAUAUACUUUUUAGUUUUGGGUCUGUUUAAACAGUCAGUUAAUCAUAUUGUAGGAUGUUUUUUGACUGCCUAAAUGAGUCCAAGGUGAAAUUUCUAAUUUGAAUCUUUUGUGCUUUAAUACUCAUAAUACUAGUUGUAUGAUCAAAGAAGUGUUACAUAGAUGAUGAUUGGCAGGGGUACAAUUAAGCAAUUGGUUUUGUUUCCUCUGAUUUUUACUUUGGUGAAUUUGCAUCAUGAAUACCUUGGGAAAUACUUAAUGCUUCCUAAGACUGCCAUAUGUGCAAAAUUUUUACUUCUUUGAAGCUGGGCAGCCCCUUUUUCAAUGUUGGAUGGCAAUUCUGAACUGCAAAUCCUGCAUCUUUCAUUGUGUUUCUGACCAGGUUUGUGAUUUUAUUCUUGAUCAUUGUGUGGUUGAAUCUGCAACCCGAAUGAUAGUUUCUCCUUUUGCUUGUUAGUUCUCCUCUUCAAAUUUAAGAUGUUAAGUCUCUCAUCUGUCCGUUAUUAUAUCAAUAUUACUUUUUCUUGAAGUGAGUAGAGUGUAAAGCUCAAAUUGGGAAGCCAUUAGGUAGUCUAGUAUGCUAGACAAAUUGCCGUCUUUGUGUAGGCGUAAUUUACCAAUGUGGUACAAGUUAAGCAUGGGCAAUGGCUGCUGUUUUUUUUUUUUUCUUUAUACACUCAAGGAGUGGGGUGCACACACUUAAUUGGUGGGCAUUGUAGAACUGAUUUGGGGCUUAGGGUUAUGAAGGAUUUUUCAUGGUUAUAUGGAGAGCCUUUUUGGGUCAAUAGUUGAUUUGAUUGGAGUUCAAGAUCGAAAUAUUGACUCAAAUUGAUGAUUCUAGUUGCUUGAAAUUCAUGGAAACAGCGAACCUAGAUAUAAUGAUACAAAUCUAGGGUCAAAUUGGUGGGAAUUGAUUGAAAAUCUAUUUAAUUUAGGGUUUCAAUACUAUAAGAAAGAGUGGUGCAUGGUUGCAUUUGGCAAGAGUAGAGCAUCAUGAUCGGUGCCGUUGGUUUGUGAACAAUGUAGCAACAGAACCUUGAGAAGGAUAGCAAGAAGCAAGAGAGGUGAAUCAACAAUGAUAAGUUCUUCAACAUCCCUUCAGUAAAAUAUCCAUUAAAAUCAAUUUUACUAGUCUGAAAAUACAAAAAAAUAUCAAUAGGCAGACAGUGUUUUAUCAUAAUUGGACCAGGAAUUCUCAAUAUUUUUAGAUUAGAGAUAAAACCCAGUUAUAAAUUAGAACCACAUCAGAAGUCUGAAUAGAGUUACUAGACUGUAUAAAAUCCAAUCGGCCAUAUAAACAAGGCCCAUCCUAGCUAAAUAUUAAAUUACUAAAAAUGACUCUGCAAAACAAAACUCGAAUAAACUCUUUCCCAUGUGGUGUAUGUGUAAAUUAAUGUCAAAUCGGUGAACAUAUAUGUUAAAGGAAAUGCUUGGCCAGGGUAAGAGAGAAUCAUUGGGGAGCUAUAAGAAAAAAAGAGAAUAAAUUAUGGAGAAUAUGAAUGGACGCAACCCUUGAUAAAGGAGAAGAAAUGCUUUGUCAAAAUUUGGGAUUGCAAAUAGAUCAUGAGGUUGAAAACCGAUGGUGUAGAAAGUUUGUAUGUCUUCAACUCUUUUCCCAUCAUCUUUUUCAAUAUAAAUACUUUGAUUUGUUUACUAUUUACUAAGACUGAUGGCUUACGUAGAAGUUGAAUUUACUUGUUCCCUUUAUUUCUCCAAAUAGAUUCUGUUAUUUGCGCAUUGAAAGAGUUAUCCACAGUGCGGCAUAUUUUGUAUUUCCUGGCAUGCCAUGAUUGUAUUUUUGUUUUUGCCUUGUUAAUGGUAUCAAUCCAUCCACCUUAUAUUAGAUGUGUAGCAAUUAGAAUGAUAUUUUCCCUUUGAUUUUCAUUUUUCAUGACAUAUAUAACAUAUCCAUUAUUGCUAUUACACAGGCAUGAUGCUUUGCUUUUGCAUAGAUGCCGGUUUUGCCAGUUUAUCACAUGUUUUACAUUUAUGGUAUUUAUACAUACUAACAUGUUAAGCGGUAGUGACUUUGGUCUUUAUUGAGUUGGAAAACCAACUCAACUUUUAGUGAUUGGAAAGAAAUAAAAAGAAAAUUUAAGGAUCACCUGAAAAUAAAGGAUAAUUUUCUCUGUUCAAAUCAGAAUAGAACCUUCUUUCAUAGUUAUUUUAUGCUUGGUAAUUUCACUGGAGGUUAAAAUUGUAAAAUAGUGGAGCCACUACAUAUUGCUGGGCUUCCGUCGCCUAAUGAGUUAUCUUGCUGCAGUGAAAGAUUUCCCUAUAAUGAUGGUAUUUGAUCCGAUAAUUUAGCUAAAAUUUACAAUUUGGGCAGUAGUGUUUUGACGUGCGUUUUUUCAAAAAGCAAAGCAAUUCUGCAUUUGAGGAAGACCUGUUACAUGCAAUCAACGUGUGUUCUUCCGAGGGCUGGCUAAUGACAUGGCUUUUCGAAGAUGUGGCUGUGGGUCAGAGAAUUAAGGACCUGCUCGGGUCUUUGCCUGUGUAUAGAGAAUUAAGGACGACCUGAUUCUUCAGCGACGAGUUUCCCUGGAAGAAGUUGUGAUAUCUCGGAUUUCUUGAAAUUCGGUGAGGGAAAAAUGAAGCCAUCAAAUCCUUGUGAAGGGAAGAUAGAUAGUGUGCCAUUAAAUAGAUGAAUGACAUCUGUGUAGCUUUUCUCACUUAGGUCGCGUUUGGCUUUUUCUAUGUUGAAAUCUGGAAGGAAAAUUAUAGUGCUAUAUUUUACAAAUGAUUGGAAUUAAAUGAAUUUCACUUUAUCCCCUUCUUCAUUCUUCAA